GUAUACUAUUCGGCGGUUGAUCCAACCUCGCAGAAGAAGGACGACAAGAAGGGGUCUGACAGGAAGCCGGAGGACGAGGCACCUGGCGCUCGGAUGCGUGGUGCAGAGGCCUUCGAAAUCACCAACAAGCAGACCUACAACUUCAAUUCGAUGCUGCGAGAUCAGAUCUUGAAGAACACGUACUUCAAGACGCUUGUCAAGAUCGAUACUUUCGAGGGCAUCAUGGACGAGAUGUAUCAGUAUGUGGAGACAGCGGAGACUUAUGGUGGCGGCUCCACGACGGUCCCCUCCAGCUUGUUCUGCUGCCUGUAUCGUCUUUUCACCAUUGGUUUGUCCUACGAUGAGCUGAACUUGCUCUGUGAGUCCAAGGACUGGCCCUACAUCAGAUGCUGUGGUUUCCUCUACAUCCGCUUCGGUUGUGCUCCCGAGAAGCUUUGGGACUUCCUGGGGGAGUACUGCGUCGACGACCAGGAGUUUGAGCCUUCGAAAUCCACGCCUGGCUUCGUUGUCACCAUCGGCGAGUAUGUUGAGUCCUUACUUCUGGAUGAGCGAUACUACUACUCGACCCUUCCACGCAUCCCUGUGGGUGUGAAGAAGAAGAUCGAGGAGAAGGUGGCACCGCUGGGGCAGUACCGAAAGAGAGCGGCCCAGAACAAGGACAUGCUCCACGCAUUCAAAGAGGCAGGAACACCAGUGGAGGCUUGCCGUGACAAUGGUGUUUGGGUAGUUGGCCAGACGCUGCAGGUCAUCGAGUCGGUUCCCAGCCGCAUCGCGGUCAGAAUACGAGCCGUGGAUGGCAGAGAGGAGGUAUAUCACUUGGGCCGGGUGAUCCUUCGAGACGAGCCCAAGAAGCCCCCAGAGCGAGCGAGGAGCAGAAGUCGCAGCCCAAAGAGGGAGGCUGGCGCAGGACCUCGCUCGGGCUCCCCGGACCUGACUCGGAGCCGGGGCCAGUCCCUCGAGGAGAUGCUGGAGGAGCUCCGAACUAAGCAGCGAGAGCGAGCCGUUUGCAGCACGGGGAAGGACUACGCUCGCAAGCCCAUAGGCUUCAUGUCCGGCUUGGCCAUGAAGCGUGACGUCGGCCAAGCUUCCACACGCCUUCGGGAGGAGGAGACCUAUGCACCCCGCCAGGUCGAGCAUAGGAAGCAGAUGGCCGAUGAAUCCAUCCUUGGCCGUCCGGAGACGGAGCGGGACAGAGAGCAGCAGCUUCUGAAGCAGCAGCUUUUCGAAAAGUAUGGCAACAUCAACCCCAGGACGAACGCCAAGGAACAGCAGCAACCUGCUGACAUGGACAUCGAAGAUGCAUCCGUGCUGCGGCUGGGAUGA